AUGUUGCUUGAAAUAUGGUUGAGGCUUACAUUAUUUUUUGGAAUUUUCUCCAAUGCUCUCGGGGGAUUUAUUGGAAUAAAUAUCGGGACUGACAUCUCAAAUCUACCAUCUGCUACCGAUAUUGUCGCAAUCCUCAAAGCUCGUCAAAUAACUAAUGUACGCCUGUUUGAUGCUGAUGCCCACUUGCUGAAUGCUCUCUCAAACACUAGCAUUGAAGUCAUGGUUAGUGUUACAAAUGAGGAAGUCUUGGGGAUUGGAGAAUCCCCUUCAGCAGCCGCAGCCUGGAUUAAUAAAAAUGUUGCAGCAUAUGUCCCCUCGACCAAUAUUACGUCGAUUUCUGUAGGCAGUGAAGUUCUCAAUUCAAUCCCAAAUGCUGCACCAAUUUUAGUCCCUGCAAUGAAUUACCUCUAUAAAGCCUUAGUUUCUUCAGAUCUAAGCCAUCGAGUUAAAGUUUCGACGCCAAUGUCAAUGGACAUAAUUCCGAGGCCUUUUCCUCCUUCUACUGCCUCUUUUAAUACAACAUGGAACUCUACAAUUUUUCAGAUCCUUCAGUUCAUUCGAAACACAAAUUCAUUUUACAUGUUAAAUGCUUAUCCGUAUUAUGAAUAUGUUAAGAGCAACGGCAUCUUUCCAAUGGAUUAUGCUCUUUUCCGACCACUAUCUUCAGUCAAACAAAUUGUUGAUCCGUACACCCUUUUUCGCUAUAACAGUAUGUUUGAGGCUUUGGUCGAUGCUACCUACUGUUCUAUUGAAGCUCUUAACUUCACCAGAAUCCCUAUUGUCAUGACUGAAACUGGGUGGCCGUGGUUUGGUGGUUCUAACGAACCCGAUGCUACCUUAGAAAAUGCUCAGACAUUCAAUGAAAACUUGAUUCAGCGUGUUUUCAAUGAUUCCGGUCCGCCUAGUCAGCCUACCAUUCCCGUGAAUACAUACAUUUAUGAGCUAUUCAAUGAAGACAAGAGACCGGGGCCUGUCUCAGAAAAAAACUGGGGUGUCUUGUUUACCAAUGGAACUGCUGUAUAUCCUCUUAGUUUGAGUAAUUCAGAUCGUAACAGUGCAAAUUCUUCAACAGUGUUUUGUAUAGCAAAACCUGGAGCAGAUGCAAAUAAGCUGCAGAAUGGACUUAACUGGGCCUGUGGACCUGGCCGGGCGAAUUGUAAAGCAAUUCAACAAGGGCAGCCUUGUUAUUUCCCAGAUACUUUGCAAAGUCAUGCAUCUUAUGCGUACAAUGAUUAUUAUCAGAAAAUGCAUAGCUCUGGUGGAUCGUGCGACUUUGAUGGCACAGCAACCACAACAACGAAUGAUCCUAGUUCCGAGUCAUGUAAAUUUAGUGGAAGUUUGAAUUCAAGCAUAAGCGGGUUAUUUCCCGCUCCAGCAUCUGGACCCGUUGCCCCUUUAUCGGGAAGCUCAAAAAACUCAGCCUACCAGUUUUCACUAUGGGCAUUGUUUUUAACCCUUGUUUGGUUGCCAUUAUUCUUUCCUCUUCAAUAUUUGUGUUUAGGAUGCAUUUUGUGA